AUGGAACUGUGCCUGUUGAUUUGUAACAAGUCGAAGGAAUCUCUGACUGCAAGGGCCGUAGCGCACCUUUUGAGGUCCACCGUCGUCGUUAACACAAACGCCAAGGCGCCCGAAGAGCUCAGCGAUCUCACCGUCGAUCUUUCAGGUAAUUUGCCCGAGGAAAUUUCUUCAUUCGUAGAAUUUUCCACCAAACAGGAAAAUUCCUCCGCCCCCGGGCCGAGUCUGCAGAAACUCACACAAUUUGUCACUGAAUUGCUGGCCAGCAAAGGCUCCGGGGAUUUGGUCCUCGGGAGGAUUUCAGAACUCCUUCAACUCGUUCCAAUCAGACCACUUUUGCUGGUCCUAAAGGUUUCCGAGUCAGAGGUCCCCAAAGGCGUGGAGCUGAACUCUGACAAAUUCGUGACUUCAAAUCACAUUUUUGGACUCAAGGCGAUCCUGAGGUACCUGGUAAACUCUACGAGUGGAUCCAAGGCUCAAGAGCAUCUCCAUUACAUCAAUUGGGCAUCAGAGUUUGCUCAACUGACCAGUUGUGUUGGGAAGAAGGAAAUUGAAGAAGCGCUCAGUGAACUUGAUGCCAAGGUCAAUGUACACGAUUUCUUGGUGAAUGACAAGCUCUCAGUGGCAGAUUUGGUCGUUUUACAUAGUGUGUAA